AUGGCAGUUCCAAAAAAACGUACUUCUAUAUCAAAAAAGCGUAUUCGUAAAAAUAUUUGGAAAGGUAAGGGAUCUUGGGCAGCCUUAAAAGCGUUGUCAUUAGGUAAAUCUCUUUCUACCGGAAACUCAAAAAGUUUUUUUGUUCGACAAAAAAAAAAUAAGUCAUAA